AUGGACCCUCUCCAUCACAACACCGUCAAGCGCCAGCGCAGUUCCAGGGCUUGCAGCGUGUGUCGGGCCCGCAAGAUUCGCUGUGACUCCGACAAGAAGUUCCCAUGCACCAACUGUGUGACAUUCAACUGUGAAUGCACGUUUCCCGAGCCCAAACGGCCUAAGAAGACCGUCAGCCAACCGCCACUCUCCAUCACCACGAUUCUCCCGCCCACCAUCCCGCCUCCAGGCCAGUACCCCGGCUACGUGGAGCCUCCGUACCCAUAUCCACCCCCAGCACAGACCAACUCGCCAGGAGCCCAGCAGUAUAGAUACUACCCCCAAAUGGCUCACCCCGUUCAAGCAGUACAACCCGUACAGGCCCCAGGUGCCCCAGGUAUCCCAGGAACACCCCACCAGGCCAUUCUUCCUCCUCCCCAGCCUCCACAGCCCCCACAGGGCCCACAGGGUCCACAGCCUCCCCAGCAGCUCGUGGCGCUCCCGCCAAACCUCAACGAGAGAAACAACGACUCUCGCUUCACGAUCUCGUUCAGCUACAAUCACGUUGUCCACGGCCAGCCGUUCAACUACGUGCCCCCUAACGUGGUGUCGUCGGGAAUUCACCCCCAAGUGCCCGAUGAUACUGAGGCGUACAUUCCCCAGAACCCCAUCAAAAACAUCUCGUCCAGAGACUUGACCCCCAUCUUCGACAUCGAACGCAACACAUUCCAGAGCAACACAGAACACGGCAUCAAAAUAUGCCUCGACCGCAAGCUCAGCGAGUACUUCUACUUCGGUGAAAGCUCGUGCUACACAUUCCUCCAGGACGACAACGAGCAGAACACCAAUUGGCCCGUGCCUGAAGAAGAAAACACCCAGUACAAACAGCCACUCAGAAAGCCCAACAAUAUACCGACACAGGAGGUGUUGUGCGAGUUGGCAGUACUCAAGAUUAAAAGGGCAUUCGAACUCCCUUCCAAAUUCAUCUGCUCAUUGUUGAUCAAGUCGUUUUUCGAUAACGUGUAUGCUCAGGUUCCCAUCAUAGACAAAGAGUCAUUUCUCCGGCAUUUCAACGACCCAAACCCCAAAAAACAUCCUCCAAUUAUGUUGCUUCAGGCCGUGUUGUUGGUGGGCUCGAGGACUUGCAGACACCCGGCUAUUUUGGAUGAAAAUGGAGGUAUUUCCACCGUUUCAGAGGCCUUGUAUCUCAGAACUAGAGCCUUUUGCGACACCACCUUGAAAUUUGAGUAUGUGGGAGACCUGGCCCUCGAAGACGACGGGCACGUAAUAUUUAAUCACCCCACCGUAUUGGUUCAAACACUUGCAUUAUUAUCGUGGUACUGGGAUGCACCCGAGGAUGUCUCUAGAGGGUCUUACUUUGUGGUCAAAAAUGCAAUUAAUGUGGCCCAGAGUUAUGGAUUCCAUAGGGAUAUGGAGCGUUCUGUGGUGGUGAACUCGCUUCUUAAGAGGUACCAGAAGUCCAAGCAGGUGACGGCACACAAGAUCCGCCAGCAGUGUUUUUACUGGAAAAAGAUCUGGUGGUGGCUUUUUACUCGUGAUCGAUCGUUGUCCAUUAGUUUUGGUCGGCCGUUAGCUAUCGACAUGAAGAGUUGUGAGAUCAAGAUGCUCACGGAAGAGGACUACGAGCUCUACGAGAGCGAGUGGUCGAUCAAGAACAAAAAGGACGUUAUUGUGCGAGACUUUUACCUUGCGUUGAUCAAGAUCUCGGAAAUCACUGGAAUCAUCAUCAACGAACAUUACGUGUUGCACGAUACCACCCCAUCGAAGAGGAAGUAUAACGUGGUCAAGCAACUCAACUUCUUGAUGCGACACUUCCUCCAGGAGCUCCCUGAGUCAUUGCAGUUUUCCAUCAACAACCCUGAGUCGUGGAACAUCUAUUCGUACUUAAUUGGGUCGCUCUACUACGUGGGCAUCUACCACAUCAACCGGGUAAUGUUGGUGGCAGUCAACAGCACGCUGUCUACCAAUAUCUACUGGGGAAUCUGCUUCCAGUCGGCGUGCAUCUUCUCCACCAUCGCCCAGCACUUCUUGAACCGCACCACCGAGACCGAGAAGUUAGCUGCGCCGUUCCAGAUGUUAUACACAACGUCCAUGUUCAUGGUUUUCCUCUCAUACCACACCCAGUCGUUGAAUACUAUCGUAGCCAAGACCUCAACCAAGCAGAUGGACUACUGCAUCGAGUUCUUGGAGCAUUGCAACUACUUGUGGCCCAGCAUGACGUACCUUUUGUCCAGUUUCUUCGAGGAGUACAACAAAGACGGUGAGAGCCAGUUCCCCAUCCGAGCCAAGCAGUUGAUCUUCAAGAUCUGCGUGCAAUACCAAAGCGACAUCACCCAGCUGAAAAACAAGGCCCCGGACAUCAACUUCCUCCUCAACCAGCAGGGGAGCAAGCCGGAGGGUAGCAAGUUCCGCUUGAACGAGUUGGACUUCACCGACACCCACUUGCCCCUCUACAAGGUGCGCACGAUGUCAGUGCCGCUGUUGGGCACGCUGCCAGACUUUUUCAAGGACUUCACGGCCGUGCAGCUCUUCCCGCUGUCCAGAGACAAGAAGGACAAGACCGACGAUAUUCAUGUGCCUGAAACUCUGGUGGAAGCUCCCACCAUUCCCACGCCUCCGACACUUGACUCGGUGGAUGGCAACGCCUACGAACUGCCAGGGGUGUUUGAACGUGACGACGGGACCAUGGCCAUUUCUGAGGACUUGAACGGGACUCAUGCGGCAUUGAUGACUCCGUCCGACGUCAAUUUGAUGUUUGACAACGAGUACUUUCUCACGGCCCUGAGCGGAAUCGACUGGUACAACAUUGGAUAG